AGGUUUAUCUUACAGCACUGGUGAGACAGAAGUUUCAGCUCUGUGCUUCACUCAGCCGGAACAGAAGCUCCAGUCACACACACAUACACAGAGCUGAGACAACUCUUCUCCUUCUUCGCUUCUGUAAGAUGCUGCUGCUCCCAGCCAGUGUGCUAAUUGGCCUGCUGUGCCUGAGCCAUGCAGGGGCUGUGUGGGGUUUUGCCCGCCUUCUGGAUGACAGGGAGCUAUGUUCAGCUUUCUCCGUUGCACGAACCAACAGCAUGGAAGGUGGACCAAAGAUGACGGUGACCUUUGACACCAUUUAUGUCAACAUUGGCGGGGAUUUUGACCCCAAGGCUGGCGUGUUUCGUUGUCGCAUACCUGGGGCCUACUACUUCUCUUUCACAGUGGGAAAGUUUCCACAUAAAGACCUUUCGGUGAUGCUGAUGAAGAACAGAAACGAGGUGCAGGCCAUUGUGUAUGAGGAGAACGCCGGAGAGGAGAGGAAGGUUCAGAGCCAGAGCAUCAUGCUGCAGCUCGAGUUUGGGGACACCGUCUGGCUCCGUCUCCAUGGUGACCCUCGCUACGCGCUCUACAGCAACACCGGGCACUACACCACCUUCAACGGUUACCUCGUCUAUCCCGACACCUACGGCUACCAGACACACCAUCAGUCUGCCUACAACUCCCAGCAGCCCGAGCAGGCUAAGAGCCCCCUGUUGAACAGUAACCAGGCCACAGAGCAGGACAGGUCUGCAACAAGAGACACGCAGGAGGAGAAGGAGCUGCAACAUAGAGAGGAAGAGGAGGAGGAAGAUGAGGAGGAUGACCAGAGAUCUGCAUUCUCGGUGGGGCGCACCCAGAGCAUCAUGGGGGUCAACCAAGUGGGCAUGCCACAGCACCAGCCAAUCAGUUUUGACACGGCCUUGGUCAAUAUCGGAGAAGAUUUUAACGUCACGGGGGGGGUGUUCACUUGUCGCGUUCCCGGUGCGUACUACUUCUCCUUCAACGUGGGCAAGCUGCCGCAGAAGACACUGUCAGUCAAGCUGAUGAAGAACCAUCUGGAAGUGCAGGCAAUGAUCUACGACGACAGCCAGGGCGAGAAAGCUCUGCAGAGCCAGAGCUUGAUGCUGUCGCUGAAACCAGGAGACACCGUCUGGCUCUACUCCCACCAGAGAGAUGGAUUCGGGGCCUACAGCAACCACGCCAAGUACAUCACCUUCACUGGCUUCCUGGUUUACCCCGACUUCCCCAUCAGCCAAUCGUAUGCAGACAAGAAGCCCUAGCUGCAGAGCAUCGGCUCAGGCCUGAACAUCGUGGGAGGAAUUCAUGUGAGAUGGAAAUGCCCAGAGUCCACAGAAGGUGUUGGGAGGUUCUGUGCUUUGUGGCGUUCUUUGACACUUCCUCUUCAUAUGAAUUCCUUCACAAAGUCAUAGGGACCUCGGACUGAGGGCAAAGCUUCAAUGUCCAGCUAACAGCUUCCCAGGACAUGACUUCAUCUCCCACAAAUAAAUGGCUGUAAUGUGAACUGAAUAUUUCACUCUGUCAUGAAAACGGAGUCAUUACCUGCUCAUCUCUGUGUCAGCCAGACUCUCAAAGGAGUAAACUUUUGUACUUCCAUCUAGUGGUGGAAGUACACAUGCUCGUGUACAGCACUGCGGGAUAAGCUUGAAUUGCUUGUGCUUUACCUGAAUAUUUACAUUUUAUGGAACUUAUCCUUCUACCAAUUAAUAUUUUGCAUACAAAACAUAUGAAGAGCUCAUGAAAUCUAAUGUACUGUUAUAGGCUUAACUACUCAACAGUACAUAAAGUGAGAGAUGAAAUGAUGAGUCAAUCGGCAGAAAAGUAAAACAGAUCAGUGUAAUUACAAAAUGCCAAACGGUUCAGGCUUCCAGCUUCAGACGGGAGACUUUUCUGCUCUUCAAUGCUUUAAAUGAAAAUAACCUGAGUAAUUCUGGGUUUGACUAUUGCUCAGACAAGAGAAGCAAGUGAAAGGUUUCAUUUUAGUUCUUGGUAUUUGUGAAAGGCAUUUCUCACCAUUUUACAAAACAAUCAAUCAACCUGGAAGAAAAUUAUCAGCUGAUUAGUCCAUAAUUAAUCGUUAGUUACAGAUAUAUACAGAAAGUUUACAGUUAGAGGUGAAAUGAUACAUAAAGCAGCGGUGCCUCCAUACUGCUGGGACUUUUUACAGAUUAAAAACACUAUUCUGUGUCCACAGCACCAUGAUCAAAGAUUUUUACGAUCAAACAGCUGGUAGAAGAAGAAGCUUAGCUGAGAUCCAGAUUCACUGUGCACCCCCAAUUAAAACAAAAGGACAAUUCAGCCCGAUUAUAAAUAUGAUUAAUAAAUAAAGCUUUAAUUCUCUUAUUUGUGCUGUAGGCGAGGCUCAUUAGUGGACAGUUGCCUGACAUAAAGCUGAGGAGGUAAUCACUGAUGUUUCAUUUUUUUAGUGAAAUACUCCUUUAAACGCACUUAUCCAUGUCAAAGACUCAGUGUUUCUGCUCGUGUGUAAAAAGUUACUUUACUCUGUCUUCACAGGCAUGUGAACAUGAUAUGAACUGUGUUUUAUGUCAAAAUGGGUCUUUUCUUCAUGUUGGAGUGUUUCUCGUCCCAACACUCGGCCACAGCAGGAGCAGAGGACAAGAGGACCAAACUGACUUAGUUUUGGAAAAGUGCCGACUGCGUUCCCAUCCAACUGUUGACCACAUGCCACCCCUGGGCCUGCGGGCAUCUGGGUCUUAAUUUGAUUUCUAAUUCAAGCAGUGUUUAAUCUAUUUCCUCACUGUGGGGAAAAUUGAAUUGCUCCUCCCAGGCUGCUGUAAUAUUCAGGUCUGUUUAAUUUCCCACCGCCUGAGGAAAGACUGAUUUGAUGAACCAUGACUUUAUGAAAGCGAGUCCCCACGUGAAGUGAUACUUCACUGUGCUUGAACAGAUUUUUUAUUACACUUAACUGGAUGUGAAUUUAUGACAAGUGGAGUUCUUAUAUAAACAUUAGUCCUGUGAUGUCAAGUUGCAAACACAGCACAUCACCUGCCCAUCACCUCAUUAGCUGUUAGCAAACAGUAGCUAGUUUACACAUCUAGCAGUUACAAAGCAACAUGAUCAUUCAUUUGGAAUCAUGUUUCUGCCAACCUGGAGAACCUCAGUCCACCGUUCCCUCUCUGUUAGCUGCUAACAGCUGGCCUCUGACUGGGCCUGUUUGCUGCUGAGCAGGUUGUGGACAGUGAUUAUUUAGGGCUUUUUCUUUGAAAUCACCUGCUUCAAAACAACGCCAUGAGAGCGGACCAAAGCAGGAAAGCUGUGGUCCAGACACGAAACAAUGAGCUUAAACUCCCUGUAAAGCUCCAGCUGAUAAAUCUCAGUCAGCCCAUAUGACCUCUUUCACAUGGUCAUGUUGCUUUCACAUUAUCUGAUACAAAACAAAACAAAAAUGAAAAACAACUAUAGAUGCUUUAGGUGUGAAACUAAUUUUGUAGAAAAUCUACUCGGCAAGGGAGAGCGCUGAUAUUUUAGUAUCAGCUCUAAGAGGGUCGGUGCACCUGAUUUCUGCCCCAUGUUCAAUACAGCUGAGGUGAAGCAGUUUUGGGUGUUGUGCUCAAAGCACAAAAAAUGACAUUUAAAGUUGCACUGAUCAGUACUUUUGUGUUAAUGGUGGACCAAUUGACUGAUUUAACACUUACAGAGAAUUAUCACAGGACUCUACAGUUCUCCUCUGCUCUGUGGAGCUUUUUAGCAUCUUUUAGCUCGGUGUUUUGUUUCCGGUUCACUCCCACUGCCCUGCUAAACACAUUUAGCAGUUAAAGGGCCAAAUAUUUUUUUCAGGAGCUGGUGGAGACCAAAACAGAGUUUAAAAAGGAGUAGUGAGGCUAUACAUUCAACGGGUUGACAGAAACAUGACUCAUGCUGUGUGCUGCAUGUUUCAAUAAGAAGCUUCACUAAUGCUUCACCAUAACAAAAUUAAAUGGUGAUAAUACGUAUGUCACUGUUGCAUUUACAACUUGAUCCUUUGACAAAAAAAAAUCCUUAAUGCAGCAACAGUGACAA